GCAUUACCCAAUAUCAUCGACGUUCCAGAAGCUUUCGUGUGGAUGGGUAAAGGUCCAGACGCUUGGCAAGCCAAUGCAGUUGAAAUGACCCCGACACAGGAUGGCAAAGACCAUGUGCCGAGUCUGAAAAAGUAUAACACCUCUUAUCCGUUCCAUCUUGAGGAUUACGAAAAAAGCCCCUGGGAGUUAGAGAUCGCGCUUGCUGAGAAUGAUGAUCAAGAUCCGCGGGUUGAACCGGCUGUGCUAUACAACGAAGACACCGGCGGCCGCCUCGGCAUCUUCGUCCAGACCUAUGUGGUGAUGUCCCACAUCCGGGUGUUUCGUGGGGCGAGAUUAUGGGUGAAUUCAUCGUUAACUACUAUCUACCAGAGGUUUUAUCGGUUGAACCGACCGAUAAAUAACAACGACUUGGGGAAAACUGAAGUCCCCAGAAUAGCAGUCAGCUAUCAGCAGUCAGCAGUCAGAGAAGAAGCAGUCAACGUUUCCGAUUGCUGACAGCCGAUUGCUGAUAGCCAUUAAAAAAUUGGAGGAAAAGUGGGGUAUCGCGCUUAAUAGCAUCGCAAGCAAGCGUUUCUGACGAUACCUUCGCACGAAUAAAUUAUGAAGAAAUUAGCAUACUUUUUGGUGGCUGUCACAUUUUUGAUGAGUUGUGUGCUCGCGUAUGCAGCCGAUCCAGAAAAAGAUUUACUUAUCUAUUUACCUUUUGAUGAAGGGCAGGGUAACAAGGCGGAAGAUGUUUCGCCUAAUGGAUUUGUUGGUGAUGUGAAAAACGCGAAAUGGGUAGAAGGUGUCGUUGGUCAGGCACUCCAUUUUAAGGGUGGAAGUGUCAACUUUGAUCCACUCAAAAUUGAUCAGCCGAAGGAGAUGACGAUCGAAUUUUGGUUCAAACCGGACGAUAAAAUUGAGGGUGGUAACCGCAUUGAUUUGCUCUAUCGUUUGAAUGGUGGCGGACGACCCCAUAUUACAUUCAACCGUGGUGGCGUGUUAUUUGGGUUCUACUUUGCGACGCUGGGUGUAGAAUUAGAGGCAGUCACGAACUAUGACGCAUUUGAACCGGAAUGGUACUAUUCGUCGGAUCGCAGAGCAAGAAGACAGCGUGGCUGUAUAUUAACGGAGAGCUUGAUUCCGAAGCAGAAGCCGGUGGGGAUGCACGCAUGGAUUUCGGUACCGAAGGUAUGUGUAUCGCAGCGAGUCAGGGUAACGCCAACUUCUUCAACGGUAUGAUUGAUGAAUUUAAGAUUUGGAGUGUUGCGUUCACUGCUGAGGAUGUCACAGAUAGUAUGGCG